AUGCCCAGCUUCCUGAGCAUCUUGUUCGGCGGAUCCUGCGGUAUGCCAUGUCGAUUCGACUCUUCGCCCAAGCUCCUGAAACUCAGUGCUAACAGAGACAAAACCAGCGAAGAGUGGGAAAAGACUGGUUUCGCUUUGGCCAACUUCGACCGCUUAAAAAUAGGCGAGCCCUGGUGGGACUACAUCAGCCGUCAGGUUGGAGUAAAACCAUCCAACUGGUGCUUGCAGAGAUUUACAGAGAGUAUGCAAACUGUUGCCUUUGCUGCUGUCAAAACGGAAGAGCCACUGAUUACGGGGUAUGAUUGGUCUAGCCUUAGCGAGGGGACAGUCGUUGGUGCUGGAGGUUCUAGUGGCCACGACGCCGCGUGUCUCCCUAGGCCGUUCCUAAACCUACGAAUUAUUGUGUAG